UUCCAGAUGUUGAAACAAAGGUCUAAAAAUAAUCCUUCCACCCAUCUUUCUAGGGCGGCGGAGAACGCAGCCCCAAAGCAGUGGCAAGAUCCGAGGAGGGCCUGAUCAACCUUGAAGCGGAGAAACUUUCUGGAUGCCAAGCAGGCUCUGUCAGUACCGGAUUCAAGGUCUUUUUUUAAAUGUCUCUGCCAGAGGAUUGGUAUCCAGGAGGGGGCAGGCCAGGCAAGCUGUACAUUUGGCCUGAACAAUCCGCUUCCUUUUCACCCUUUUUUUUUUUCCUCCUCCAAGAAAGUUGAAGCAACUUUCAUCCCCUCUGCAUUGGAUUUCCAUUUGAUUUGCUCCCCCUUUUUUUCCCCUCAUGGUGUGAAAAUUUUCAGCAGAGACUAAAAUGGGAUGCAUCAAACGGCACUUCUGCACCAGACUCUUUGCGGUGGUUUCAUGCCUCAUGCUGCUUCUGUGCCCGCACUUGAGCUGUGCCAAGAGGCGCUGGAGAAGAACUCCACACCUGAAGCUUGCGGAGAAAUACGAUGACUAUGAGUAUGCCCUUCAUUCUCAUGGCACACCCUACCAGAAGAACGACCGAUGCCCCCCUCCACCACAGACUUUACCACACCGAGCAUGCGAGGUGCCCAGCUGCCGUUCAGACUCGGAGUGUGAGAGACACAAGCGCUGCUGCUACAAUGGGUGCAUCUACGCCUGCUUAGAGUCAGUGCCCCCACCCCCAGUUUUAGAUUGGUUGGUCCAGCCGAAACCACGCUGGCUAGGCGGAAACGGCUGGUUGCUCGACGGACCAGAGGAAGUUUUACAAGCCGAAGCCUGUAGCACCACUGAAGAUGGAGAUGAACCUUUGCGCUGUCCAACAGGAUAUGAAUGCCACAUCAUCAACCCCGGCAAUGCUGUGGAGGGCAUCCCCAACAGGGGGCAGUGUAUCAAGCUACGUGGGAAUACCGAUGGGUGGAAUCUAAGGCCUAAAUAUUACAAGGAAUAUUUUGGAAGCCGUUCUAAUAACGUGGUAGGUUACGUGAAGCAGCCGCCGAAACAUCUUGGUUAGUCCAAGCAAAGUUUCCAAAAGAAGCUUCAUAAUGGUCGUGGAGUAAAAAUACACAACAAUAUCAUUUACAGAGAAACAGCUCUUCCCAGUUCUCCUUCCAAGAUCUGGGGUCCAUGUUGGCUUCCAAUAUGGUCCACCACCAUGACGUACUCUAGGUUGAGCUUUGAUCUUGUUAUUGGUUGACUUCCUUCUCUGGCUACCAGGUUUGGACAAGACCAUUCUCUGGGCUCCAGUCGUCAGUCCCUGAGUUGUUUCUGCCCACAUGGCUGCAAAUCCAGUUUUGGCUUCUCACUGCUGACUCUUCCUGACAUGCCUUCAUAUGGUUUCAGCCACUGGUGAACCUCAGAAUAGAAACUGGGUCAGAGAAAGACAAGGAGAAACUGGUUGAAGACAAACACAAAUUCAGCUCUGCCUUAGCCACCAAUGGACUGCAGUUUUACCUGUCACAGCUAUUACAACAAUUAGAGUCAUUAUGUUAAAUGGUAUUAAAGACAUCAGUGGAACAGUGUGCUUGUCCCAGUCUAGAUAUCUUCUGAGUGUGUCUUCUUGCUUUAUCUGUGGCAGAAUGUUUCCAGCGGGGAAAGUAACGUCUUCUCACAACUACAGAACUCAAAAAUAAAUGAUUCUAGUCUCAGGCAA